GGUACCGCCCCCCCCGGCGGCGGCGGAGGGCGAGGCGGCCUGGGUGCGCGUGCGCAGCGGUGGCCGUUGGUGGCGGGGCUGAGGCGGGCCGGGGCACCGGUGGCCUGUCCGCUUCCCUGCCGGCCCGCCCGCCUCCGCCCGACAGCAUCCUCCCCGGGCAGGGCUCAUCGCUCCUGAUAUGUCGCAGACUGCCAUGUCCGAGACCUACGAUUUCCUGUUUAAGUUCUUGGUCAUAGGAAAUGCUGGAACUGGAAAGUCCUGUUUACUACAUCAAUUUAUUGAAAAGAAAUUCAAAGAUGACUCAAAUCAUACUAUAGGAGUGGAAUUUGGUUCGAAGAUCAUAAAUGUUGGUGGUAAAUAUGUAAAAUUGCAGAUAUGGGAUACAGCAGGACAAGAGAGAUUCAGGUCUGUAACAAGGAGUUACUAUAGAGGAGCUGCAGGUGCUUUGCUUGUCUAUGAUAUAACCAGCCGAGAAACCUACAAUGCACUUACUAAUUGGCUGACGGAUGCAAGAAUGUUAGCAAGUCAAAAUAUUGUGAUAAUACUGUGUGGAAACAAAAAAGAUCUUGAUGCAGAUCGUGAAGUUACUUUUUUAGAAGCAUCCCGGUUUGCACAAGAAAAUGAGCUGAUGUUCUUGGAAACAAGUGCACUAACAGGGGAAAAUGUUGAAGAGGCCUUUGUACAGUGUGCAAGAAAAAUACUCAAUAAAAUUGAAUCAGGAGAAUUGGAUCCAGAAAGAAUGGGCUCAGGUAUUCAGUAUGGAGAUGCUGCCUUGAGACAGCUGAGAUCACCACGCAGAGCACAAGCACAAAGUGCUCAAGAAUGUGGGUGUUAAAGAAACGAAACACAAAUUCCCAAAUAUUCAUUUUAGAUACAGAAGCUGUCCUUGCAAAUGGCGUUUGAAGAAACAGACGAAGCUUGAAGGCUAUGCAGUUUUUAAAAACAUCUUUCCGCUAUCUACGAACAAAGCAGACCACUGCUGACAGAAAGGUGUACCCUGUGAUGUGGGGCAGGAGUGUUCACAUGACACAAAAGUCUGCAAAGCAAACUUGAUAAUUUGGUGGACAAUAUUAAGACUCAUAGCUGUAUGUAAACAUUUUCCAUUACCUAUUUUUGUUCUUUCGCCUCUGGUUUAAAGCAUUGCUAUAUACUGUAAAUAAUGUAAUAGUAAAUUUACAAAGCAUGGUAUACUUAUGUAUGCUGAUAGAAUGUUGCACUAUGAGCAGUUUAAUAGUUUAUUUUUUUAUCAUAUAAACAAAUUUAACUGAGGUAGGCUUUGUCAUGUUUGUUUGUUGCACAAUAGUUUAUAUUUAUGACCUGAAUUAUAAAACCACUGGCACUGUCAAUGAGGGGCAGUUGUUUUAUUUUUCUCUUACUUCAGUUUGCCACAUUCUAAUAAGCUGUUGACAUGACUGAUUCUCAACAUAUGGUUAGGACCCAUAUUUAUGUUUACUAAUAUGUCAAGUUCAAAAAGUAACUUUCAUUGAUGUUCACAUAUUCUGUUUUAUCACAGUUAUUUAAUAACUUCUGAAGCUUUUAGCAAAUUUCAAAAGUUUAGAAAAAAUACUUCUAAGUCUCUCAAAUGGCUGUUGACUGACUGGGAUUUUGGAAUUUUCUGUUUUCUUGGUCCUGAUGUUUUCUAUAGCGCUGGCAUCAUGAAGGUGGGAUGUAUAUGUGAACAGAACUGUACAUCUUCUGUGUGUGUUGUAAUUCUAGGGCAGGGGCAUGGGCUUACGGGGAAUUGUCACAGCAGGAGUUCUCCUAACCUCUUAUCACAAAUGGAGCAGUCAGCACAUAGAAAUAUGAUCUCUGUUGAAGCAUAGUACAGACUGAACCCAAAUGAGGAGUUCUAAAGUAGCCUGAAUGCAUGAAAUUUAAAAUACUCAUUUAUUUUUUCUUAAACACUCAUAAAUUACAAUUAAGAACUUGAAUUUUAAAAUUAGAUUUGAAAAUUGGGAACUUGCAGUCUGGCUUGCUGGAGCUCUACUUUUGAACUUCAUGUGAGCGCACUGUAUGUAAUGCUGUCCACAUUGCCCCCAGGAGACUUGUGUGAUGGAAGGAAAAAAAAACAAGUGUACUACUUAAGUAGUUCUUUCUUCCUGUGAAACUCAUCGAGGGGAAUUUCAGCCUUGGUACUGAUUUUUUUUUUUCCUAUGUUAAAACACACAAUUCAGACUUUCUUUCCUGCCCCCAUUUUAUUGUGGGGAAGAGGCACGGGGCAAGAGACUAGGAAUCCUGUCCUCAUUUCUCAGUGGGAGACUGAAGAGGAAGAAACUUGCACAGGGUCCAAGAGGGAGGACUGAACCACAAGUAUUGCAUAUCAUUUUUAUGGUGCCAUGACAACUAAUCAGGUAAGAGACCUGGGGCUUUUGUUGUGCCAGAUAAGGAGCUGCAGAAUUAAGCUGGUGUUUCUGGAGGUAGCUGAAUUGAGGAGGGGCGAUUUCACUUGCACUGAUGGAGAUCGCUAGUGACAUUUUUACGUAGUUACUCGUAAAACCAGAAAUGGGAUGCCUCCUUGGAAGUGCAAAUCAACACAAAAUAAUUAAUUUGAUCAGAACCUAGUAUUGAAAUUCCAAGGUCAAACAUGCUCUAUUAUUUUCUAUAUAUGAAUCGUUUGUAUUUGAGGGUCACCUGUCAAAUGCACGUUUAAAAACUAAACCAGGAAACUGAACUGGUGCUGUAAUUUAGAGGGCAGUUAAAGCACAAGAGCAAAGCAAGAAUGCUACACAGAGAUGUACCAUAUUUUGUGGAAUUUGUGUUUAAAGCUGUUACCUUUAUGCUGACACUUUUGGUUCAAAUGGAUGCUUAGCUGAAAAUUAGACAUUUUAGGUGAUCUCUGAAUUAAAAGGAAUUCAUUUUGCUUCAUACUUUAAAAGCCUGGGUUUUGUUUUAAAAAGGCUGUUGAUUCUAAAGACUUUGAUGUUAUAGUUCUCUCCUACAUAUCUUAUUAAGAUUUCAGAUUGGAUUUGUAACAAUUGUUCCCAAGGAGUAUUCUCUUCCUGGUAAGAGUGUAAAGUAUUUUUGAAGCAGCUUAACUGUGCAUUUAGCAGAAUAUCAAAGAACUCCAAUGAAACUUACCUGUCUUAAUCCUUACACAACUUGUUUUGGCUUCCACUACUCAGGACUGGAAGUAAUUACCAAAAGCAAGUCCUGAGAAGUAGACAUUUGAUGAAGUUGUCUCCACAACCAGUCUAAAUGGCAUAUUAACAACUGAGAUGUUUUUCUGCCAGAGUUGGGGAGGGAAGGGUGUUUGUUUCAAAACCCAAACCAGUUCUGGAAUGCUGGGAAAAGAUGGUAUUUUUGGAAGUCUGUUCCCCCCCGCCCCACUUACCACAAUCUAAUCAGGUUUCUUGGUACACUCACAAAAGUGAAAGCUGGGUACUUAUUUAUCAGCUAAGACAUAGCACAAGUAAAGCUAAAGGUCUGUCUCUUGUCACUGUUACGAUGGUUGAAGUGGGCUUGGCUGCUGAUCAAAACUUCUUUCCAUUAUCACAGUAGCAGCUGAAAGGAGCAGGGGACUGUUACUUAAUUCCAUUGCUUUUAAAUAGAAAUGUUAGGAGUUUGGCAGGGAUUUUCUUAUACUUCUUCCCGUCCUUUUCCCUUUCCAUACAAGACUGGCCUCUUUUGUAUACUUGGUUCUUAUGAUCGUUGUAGUCAAGUGUCUGUGGUUAAGAAGCAGUAAGCACAGUUUCAUUCUUUCUAUAACCGACUGUCUUAAGCUGUCCCCUUCCUACCUGGAAGGAGAGAGUAGCGUCAUUAUAAUGAGUUUUGACAUGUUUUUACCUUUUUUUUUUUUAAUGUAUACUCUUACUGUAUACACAUUAACCAGGUUAAUGUGCACAUUUUGUAGUAUUGCAACCUUUUAUGCGUAUCUACUGACAUUUUAAAAAGAAACUUUCUAAAAGCGCAACUCCCGAGGAAAAUACUGUUGGAAGCAAUAGCUCUCACCAGUGCAAGCUAUAUUGUUUACUGUUUCUCCUCUGAGGGUUUUUUAUUUCUGAAAAUAAAAAUCAUGCCCAUAACAGCCCUAGAGUAGAUUAAGCUUUAGCAUUAUAGUUCAUACAGCAAACCAAACCUAGCUCACCUAAACAAACAGUAAGUGGUAAAUAGUUUAAGUUAUGUAUGUUUUUAGUGUAAAAUUCUUACUUUACCAAAGCGAGAUGGCUUGGAGUUUUACAUGAAAUAAUACUGGGUACCUGUAUCCUAGAAUUUAUUGGAUGUGGAGCUUUAGCUGUUCAGAUCUUUAAAAGAUUUAAAUGUCUUAUUAAAGCCUAUGUCUUGCCUUUUAAUCAGUCUGUUGGCCUACACUAUUUCAUUUAAUGCUUGUAUCAGCACCAAAUAAAGAAUCUUUCUUGAUUUUUC